GAAACGCUUCUUUUCUUUUUUUCAUUUUCUUUUUCCUUUUCUCCAUAACCGAAAACAUAACCGUCGUAACAACCAUCAUCAUGCAUAAAAAUCUCACCGAUGGAGAACAACAACCACCGCCGGAAAAUGAAACGGAGGAAGACAACAAAAAAGAAACCGCUGAAUCUCCUCCUCAUAGCCUUGACAAUAUUUCACAUGACAUUGAUCAAUUUCUUGUUGCCAAUGAGAAUAAUGAAGGAGUUUCGAUCGAGAUUCCUGAUUGUGUAGAAAAGUUUUUGGAUCGUGUGGCGGAGAAUUUAGCGAAAUGUGAAACAGAAGGUAAAGCGAAAUGGGAAGAGAUUCUGGUGAAAGAUCCAUGGUUGCUUGAAUCUGUGAAUCGGAUUUCGAAACUUAAGAAAAUUCUGACGACGACUCAUCAUGAUGAAAACGAAAGAAGCAAUUCGAUAUCGAAUCGUAUCGGUGUAAUUCAACAGAAAGCGAUGUCGUUUUUGGAAGAAGAUUUUCGGUUGUUGAUAGAAGAUUCUAGAAUUCCAACCAAUUUGAAACCUGCUGCACAGAAGGAAGGGGAAUCUAAAGAUCAGAUUCAACAGGAAGAAUCCGAUCCGAAUUUUCCGGGUUAUACGGACGAGGUGAUUGCUUGUAUGAGUAAGAUUGCUGGCACGAUGUUGAACGGCGGAUAUGAAUCGGAGAUUUGUCAGGUGUACAUUAUGGCGCGAAGGACGGCUUUCGAGGAGAUUCAACGACAGCUAGGGUUGGAAAGAGUCAGCAUUGAUGAUAUGGUUCAGAAGGUUCAAUGGGAGAUUCUAGCAAGAGACAUGAUUCCGGCGUGGACAAACACGUUUCGUCAGUGCGCCGGGGUGUAUUUUCCCGGGGAAAAGAAAUUAGCCAAGGCGGUGUUUUCAAGUCAUCCGUCUGUUGCGGAGGGCUUGUUUAACAGCAUCUCCUGCGGAGUUGUGAUUCCUCUUCUCAACUUCGCAGAAGGUGCUGCCAUGACAAAGCGCGCUGGAGAGAAGCUUUUCAAAUUGCUUGACAUGUACGAAACUCUUAGAGAUGUUAUACCAAAGUUGGAUGGACUCUUUCCAGAAGAGUCCUCCGAAGAGUUAAAGACAGAGAUAAACGUCGCCAAGACACGCCUUGGCGAGUCAGUUAUCUCUAUCUUUUGUGACUUGGAAAAUCAAAUCAAAUCAGAACCUGCAAAGAAUCCGGUCCCUGGUGGCGCGGUUCAUCCUCUCACACGCUACAUAAUGAACUACCUCAACAUAGCUGGUGAUUACACAGAAACACUUGAUCAAGUUUUCAAGGACAAUUCAAAGAUCGAACGCGCAGAUUCAACUAGUAGAUCUGAUCAUGAUCCCAAUGAAGCGUUGUCACCAUUUGCGGCACAAGUAAUAAGAAUCAUGGAAUUACUCGAAACGAGCCUAGAUGGGAAAGCAAAAUUGUACAAAGACGUGGCAUUAAGCAACUUCUUCAUGAUGAACAAUGGUAGAUACAUUUUACAAAAAAUUAAAGCGUCAAAUGAAAUGAGCGAAUUGUUGGGUGCAACAUGGUGUAGAAAGAAAUCUUCUGAAUUAAGAAACUACCACAAAACCUACCAAAGAGAAACAUGGAAUAGAGUUCUAACAUGUCUGAGUCAUGAAGGGUUGAGUGUAAAUGGAAAGGUGCAAAAACCAGUACUGAAAGAGAGGUUCAAAAGCUUCAAUUCAAUGUUUGAUGACAUUCAUAAGACACAAAGCUCAUGGGUUGUGAAGGAUGAACAACUUCAAUCAGAGCUUCGGGUUUCCAUAUCGGCCGUGGUGAUUCCGGCGUAUAGGGCAUUUGUUGGGAGGUUUUCACAGAAUUUAGAUGCUGGAAGACAGACAGAGAAAUAUAUAAAGUAUCAACCUGAGGAUAUAGAGACUUAUAUUGAUGAGUUAUUUGAAGGAAAACAACCUCAUGAAAAGGAAAACAAAAGAAAAGGAAAACAUAACUUUUAGUUCCUUCAAAAGUUUCACUUCUCACCAAUAUGGUUGUAUAUGAUCCAUACAUUAGUACAUAUCAUAUAAUCACAGUUUUUUGUUUGUUUUUUUUAUAUAUAUAUUUUACAGUGAAACAAAAGAAAAAGAAAAAACAGGGGAAGAAUGACCAUGCAAUAUGAAUGUGUACACAUGUAUGUACAUGUGCAUGUGGAGAUGAAGCUUUAUGGUUCUGUUACUGUUAGAAGAAAUUGGUCUCAUGAAAAUUUCUCACUGUUAUUUUGAGCAAGUAUUUCUUUUGUUUGUAAACAGGAUAUUUAAACUUUGAAUCAUGGUUUUUUUUUUUUUUUUUUUUUUGCAUUUAAGCUUGUGUAAUUUUUACUCCUUUUCAUCAAUGCAAUGUAACUUUUUUUCUCUCUUACGAUAUUAGUUUU